CACGAACGGAGGAGGACUGCAGCGAUUUUUCUGCGAAACAGCAACUUGAAUCCAGGCGCAAUGCAGGCGGAUGAGAAGGCGGUGGAUGGCGGCCUGCUGCCCGAUGCCAACGGGAAAGACCCGAACCCGGGUGGGCAGACGGAGGGCUCCAAGUGGCAGAAACCACGGCUCUCGCGUAAAUCUCUGAUGAAGUGCUGUCUCGUCAAGUGGAUUAUCGCCAGUACCACGCAACAAGGGCCAGAUGACAGCUGCGACAGCGACCUCGAACUCUCCAUGGUGCGUCACCAACCCGAGGGCCUUGACCAGCUCCAAGCCCAGACACAGUUCACCAGGAAGGAGCUUCAGUCGCUUUACAGGGGCUUCAAAAAUGAAUGUCCCAGUGGGCUUGUGGAUGAGGAAACUUUCAAGACCAUUUACUCCCAGUUCUUCCCUCAAGGAGAUGCAACCACCUAUGCACAUUUCUUGUUCAACGCAUUUGACAUGGACAGAAGUGGCUCCAUCCGGUUUGAGGACUUUGUGAUAGGAUUGUCUGUGUUGCUUAGAGGCUCCGUUACAGAGAAACUGCGAUGGGCAUUUAACCUGUAUGACAUCAACAAAGACGGCUACGUUACCAAAGAGGAAAUGAUGGCAAUAAUGACCUCCAUUUAUGACAUGAUGGGCAGGUAUACCUUACCCAGUGUACGAGACGAUUCCCCUUUAGAGCAUGUGGAGAGAUUCUUCCAGAAAAUGGAUCGGAACAGAGAUGGAGUGGUGACUAUUGAUGAAUUCAUAGACACCUGCCAAAAAGAUGAAAAUAUAAUGGCCUCCAUGCAGCUCUUCGAGAACGUCAUCUAGUUACUGUAGAGGGACGUGGAUCAGUGUUGCUGCAUACUGCUUCCAACUACAAGCUUCUGGCCCUGAAAUAACUUCAGUCAUCCUAAAGGGAACAACUGGGUCAUUCAACACAUUUGACACAUUUUAUUACAAACUGGCAAACACUAUUUAUUUUUCCAGUCGAACUGUUCUAUGCAGAAAAUUGUGCAGAAUUCACCAAGUCAGCUGAAGAAACGUUUCCUUGCAUGACAGUUUUAAUUUUGCACAUGAGGAAAAUGUGAAAAAAAUGUCAUCAUUGCCAGAUGAGCAUGAGUGCUUGCCCACUAUUUAAUAGCAUGUGACGCAAACCACAAUGAACACAAACAAGAGGUUUUAUCGUUGACCUCUCUGAAACGUAGGCAAAUUAGAAUACAUUGU